UAUACCCGACGUCACAACAUCCAAUUCGUUGGCUGAUCGAGCGAUUGCGUCGCCUGAAGAGACGAAAGAAAGCUUCUAUAUUUGUCGCUAUGACCGAAGCUGUUCCCUUCCUGUGCAAGUAGGUGCUAUCACCUACGCCCGGAAAGCGAUAUAAGGUGGUCCAUUUUUAGACCCAGGAGUGUUGCAUUCCAAAGGAAAACAAAACAACACAGGUACGAUAAUUGUUGCCAGCCAGCACGGAACCCCGCGAAAGUGAAAGGGAUUGGUAAACGUAACGUAAACAUAUCGAAGUGGUGCAGCUGCACAAGUAGAUACUGUCCCGAAUUUGGUAACAUUUGGAUCGUUUGUGGCCCAACAGACGAUGCAUCAAAGACACCAGAGUUAAGAGCGCCCUCCGUUCCGUACGCAUACGCAUACAGAGAACAAAUAUUUGCCACUUAUCCCUGCCAGUGUAGGCAUGGCAGUAUCUGUGGCACCCGGAAGGUUAUGAACAUUUUUCGUGCGCGCGAAUUAUUACGAAAACAAAAACGAUAAACCGUAGGGUGAAGCGAGAUGAAGUCAAGCGUAACAAAACAAUCAUCUUCGAAUGCGCAAGGUCCGAACGCGAUGGCCGGACCGUCGAGCAACAAGCUCCCGGACGGUGGGUUUCCUGCCGCGGCCAAUGGAUCGGCCGACGAGCGAAAGUUCGUCGACUACUCCAGCAUCCGGGAAAAAACGGUCCUUGUAAGUCCAUCCGAGGAACAGUUUGACUUGCUGACGAAACGGCUAUCGGAACGCAUUACCGCCAACCGCGGAGAGACGGUUUAUGAGAUCGGUAUUGGUGAAGAUGGCAGCGAGAAUGGGCUAGAGUCGGAGGAGUAUGCUGCGUCGUUGGCAACGUUACAAACCCUGGCUGCCGUGCUGGAGGCCGAGUGUGUCGAGCUGCGCACGAGAAAAUCGGAAAAGGGUACCACUGGGCAAUACUUGAUCAGGAGAAAGGUGGAAGAGGACGACUUCACCGAGGUGCGCGUUGCCGUCGUGGGAAACGUCGACGCGGGUAAAUCCACCCUGCUAGGUGUGCUGACUCACGGUGAGCUAGAUAACGGGCGUGGUUUCGCUCGGCAACGGUUGUUCCGUCACAAACACGAAAUAGAAAGUGGCCGUACCAGCUCCGUCGGGAACGACAUCCUUGGCUUCGAUAGUCUGGGAAACGUGGUCAACAAGCCGGACCACGGUACGCUCGAUUGGGUGAAAAUUUGCGAGAAGUCUGCCAAAGUGAUCACUUUUAUCGAUCUGGCGGGGCACGAACGGUACUUGAAAACGACCGUUUUCGGGAUGACAGGACAUGUGCCAGAUUUUGGCAUGUUGAUGAUUGGAGCCAACUCGGGCAUUGUGGGAAUGACCAAGGAACAUCUCGGGUUAGCCCUUGCACUGUCGGUUCCGGUGUUUGUGGUCGUCACGAAGAUUGACAUGUGUCCGCCGAAUAUUUUGCAGGAUAAUCUGAAGUUGCUGUACAAAAUCCUUAAGUCGCAAGGCUGCCGUAAGGCACCGGUGAUGGUGAAAACGAGCGAUGAUGUGGUACUGAGCGCAACCAACUUCGUCUCGCAACGGUUAUGUCCCAUCUUCCAAGUGUCCAAUGUGACGGGGCAAAAUUUGGACUUAUUGAAGAUGUUCCUCAACCUGCUGAAUGUGCGCACCACCGGUAACGAUUCACUUCCGACGGAAUUUCAAAUCGAUGACACGUACGCCGUACCGGGUGUUGGAACGGUAGUGUCCGGCAUCACUCUGCAGGGGGUAGUGAGGUUAAACGAAACACUCCUGCUUGGACCGGAUCCAUUGGGCGACUUUCAACCGAUAACAAUCAAAAGCAUUCACAGAAAGCGCAUGGUGGUGAAGGAGGUACGGAGUGGACAGACGGCAAGCUUUGCGCUCAAGAAAAUCAAGCGCUCGCACAUCCGCAAGGGCAUGGUGAUGGUAAGUCCCGUGCUUAACCCGCAGGCCUGUUGGGAGUUUGACUGUGAAAUACUGGUUUUGCAUCAUCCGACUACCAUUUCGAGCAAAUACGGCCGUUGGUCGGCGAUGGUCCACUGUGGAAGCAUCCGACAAACGGCACAAAUACUGCAAAUGUCCAAGGAAUGCCUACGUACUGGCGACAAGGCGGUGGUGCGCUUCCGAUUUAUCAAAAAUCCCGAGUACAUGAAACCGGGCCAGAGGAUGGUGUUCCGCGAGGGACGCACGAAAGCGGUUGGAAAUGUUAUUCAACCGUUGUAUACCUUCGGCAGCAUCCAGCAGCGGACAAAGCAGAACAAGAUGCAAUCGAAUCGUGGUGGAACCGGUGGGCAGGGAUCGUCCGGGUCGGCCGCGGGAAAGAUGACACUGUCGCAAGGCUCUAGCGCAACCGUGGAUGGGCCAUCGAAUGUUGGAGAAGAUCAUGGCAAUAAUGGCGCACCGUCCGGCGAAUCAACACCGGUGCUGGACAUUGGUACCGACAAGCGCAACCAUAGACACGGUGGUGGUGGUGGUGGUAAGAGACGGUCGAAUAUGAACGCAUCGAGUGCAGCUACGGCGAGUUCCUCGUCUAGUUUACCGCCCGGAAGCGGUAUGAUCGCAACACCCGCGCAACCCACUGCUUCGACCGGUGCAACACCGGCCGGGGCUUCGGUGGCCGUUGACAUGGGUAAACUUUCGAUCGCUUCCAACUGAGAAGGGAAGCCGCAUAGCGGAAUUGUUGGUUGUUUGUUACCGAUCACUUCCUCGUGCACUAUUUGAGGCACCAGUUAUGCCGAUAAGAUUAACCACCUCAAUCUAACCGCGUCCUUCUAAGGCGCUUGUGACGUGGUUUUUAAAUACCAGCAAUACUAGAGUUUGAGUUUAUGAUUUUUUUUUUCUAAACUCCACUCAUUGCCCCGAUUGCACGAAUAUUUAUCAGCUUUCGUUGGCAUGUCCACGGGAGCGACUCAAAAAUUUAAAGAAUUAAACUAAUAGAUACAACAACCCAAUGUUCAUCUACAAAUAACGGGGUGUUGCUUUGAAAUGUACCUAUUUUUGAAUGUCCACCUACUUCAGCCGGCUACGAAAGUGAAUGCUUAACAAUUCAAAAAGGACGAAGUACACGGCAGAUAGUAAAACCGCUCUGUCCACCGAUGAUGCACACGAUUUUUAUUUUACACAUGUAGACUCGACAAGUUGAAUUCGAAUUGACUCUGAAUAAACCCCUUCACAGUCGUGCCAAGUCGAAAAAAAAAUGGCACAAAAAUUGUCACACUGUUUUAUUUCAUUUUUGGAUGGUCUAAAACUGAAGAACAAGUUAUAUUUUCCCAUGAACUCUUUGGAUUUAUUAAAUUAAAUGAUGGUCAGUUUGCAAGCAACUAUGCAAGAAUAUUUGUUUUACCACGUAUGUUAUUUGUGUUUGUGAUCAGCAAUAAUUUGGCAAUAAUCAAAAAUAUUGAUCAAUUGCAUCGAUUAGUGUCAAAUGAAUUAAUAUGCAUUUACGAAUACAUAACAACGUGUUUUCAAAGCAGAUGCACUCGAAAUAAAACGUAAGACAAAAAAGCAGUACAAUUCCAUCCGCUUGCCCGAGUCAGGCUCGAGCAAAACUGUGAAGGGGUUAAUAACAUUUGAACGUACAACAUGAUAUAUUUAACAAGUGAACUAUUUUGUGCCAAGUUGGCUAAAAACAAAUUUAUUGACACGGAUGGAAACGAAAUGUACGACGUGCGGUGCCCCCCCCAGGGAAGGUAAAAAGGUAAAGAG